AUGACCGGAAAGAAGUCGUGGCAAGCGUCCCUCCCAAGGACCUUAUUCUCUUGCUGCUUCUCGGAAUGCUGUAUGAUGUUCGUGAUGUUGAUGUGUCAAGGCUUGGGCGUUUUUAGUACAGUGACACGCUUUGGGAGCUGGCAAGCGUCCUUGAUCAUCUUGCUGUCCAUCAUCCUCGUCCUUAUACCACUGUCGCUGAGCUUCAUUCUCACUUCAGUGGUGGGAACCAACUCUUCCGUUCUUCUCUCCCUGUCCCGCCUCUCCCUGUCCCUUGUACCCCUGCUGCUCUACUUCCUUCUCCUCUCGUACAUACCUCUCCCCGCAGCGCUGUUUGAUGCCCCCUCACCAUCCUUUUUUUCGAACAUCAUAACACCCGCCCUCGCUCGCCUCACCAUCCUCGGAACCAUCAUUCUCGGUGCUCUGAGCGGAUUCGGAGCCGUCAGCGCCAGUUGGGGAUAUUUCCCUUUUGGGUGGGGCAAGAGAGGGAAAAUCCCGACAGAGUCAGACAUCGACAUCGCCACACGAAGCCUCGAACGCGUCGAGCUCGACAUAGAGCGUAAGAAGAAGGAUAUAGAAAGAGAGGAGAGGAAGGAGAUGGAAAAUAAAACCAAUGGUAAUUCGAGUUCGUGGCUCUCUCGAGCAGCGUCUUCUAUCCGGGGCGACAACGAGCUCGCCAACCUCAACACCGAACUCUCCUCCCUUCACGACCUCCAACUCUCUAUGUCCACUCGGCUCUCCUCCCUACGUGCCCGCCGAGCCGAGGUCGCAUACGAGAAGACAUGGGUAGGAAGAGUCAGCGUACUCGGCCAAAGGGGCAUGGGCUUAUACUGCGUGUUCCGUGGCUUUAGCUCCAUAUUCAACAUCCUCCUCCCUACCCGGCCUUCCUCCCCAGACGACUCGACACCGAUUUCCUACCCUGACAUCCUGACCCACAUCCUAAUCACCCUCUUUCCCUCCCUAUCCUCCUCUGACUCCUUCCUCUCCGCCGCAAAUAUCACGUCUGUCAUGCGUCAACUGAACCUUCUCCUCGUGGGCGUCAUCAUAGCGGGAAGUGUUCGGCGAGUACUCAAAGGCGUCGCUCGAGCGCUCAAGUUGAGCGGGAACGGAGUGGGCAUAGGUGGGAGGAAGGAAAGGGAGAAGGUGGGACAGAUUGUGAUCUUAGUGCUCGGUGAAGUCAUGGGCAUAUACCUCCUCUCGACCCUGAUCCAACUCCGCACCUCCUUCCCACCUCCCGCAGUCCCCGCCAUCCGGAUCCCCACGGGCGAAGUCGACCCGUCACAGGGCGAGAUCACCAAUCUCUUCAGCACCCUCCCAGCAUACGAGAUCUUCGGCCCUGUGUUCGAUUGGAGCUUUUUGCUGAGUGUCGUGUUGGCAGCGGGUGGAGAAUGGGUUAGGGAGAGGUUCAUGGGCGGUGGCGGGGACGAUGAUUGA